UUGGAGUUCUGACGCAACCGUUCAAAUAUAUUUUUGGAAAGAAUAAUACUGGGAUGUAUAUCGAACACCUCCUGUAAAACGUUCAGGGAACCUGGCAAUACACUCUAAGCUUCUUUUUAACCUUAACCUAUUAUGGAAAGUAAAGUAAUUUUAUUUCUGCCCCAAAAUUGAAAUCAAUAUCUCAAAAUAAUGAUUUCCAAGGCUACACAAUGAAUAAAUCACAACCCCUUUGUUUUCAUUUUCACCUCUAACCUAUGAUCAGAUUUUUGAUUGUGUAAACUGAUUUAAGGGUAGAGUAGACGACCCUCAAAAGAUGGUAAAACGGUUGCUUUACUGCAGUUAUGUUGAGGAUACUUGGAUAAUGCCCUUUGCAUCUUGAGACCUUUCUUAUGAGAGGCUGCGUGACCUUGCAUUCCGCGGUUCAUGCGAUGCGUGGCUGAAUUAAUUCGUUUCUUAAAGAACAAGCAGUGUAAAAAUUAGUCUACAAAGAGCUUCUACUUAAUGAGUGUGGUAGGAUUGUCUGUAGGUUGAUAUGUAUAACAUGAGGAUGUCAACCAUAUGGUUGUCUCUUGAGUCUCCCCGAAGAGAUUGUGACACGAAUGCCCAAUAUCGAUCAUCAUAAAUUUUCAUUUAGACAACUUGACAAAGAGGCAAACAACGGGUCAAAAGGUAUUCCAUUGUACGAAAUAUUAAAUUUCAAUUGCAAAUUUCGCCAUAGUUGAAAAAUGUAACAAAACAAACUAUAAAUAGCACUUCGACCACAAAUUCGCAACUGCUGCCAUGCUUGAAGAGCUGAUUUGGUUUGUUUUGGUGGCAAUUCUCGUUGUCCUGUUCGUGAAUCAUUUCACUGCCUCUAGGAAACUGCCCCCAGGUCCUUUUCCACUACCGAUUAUUGGAAAUGUACACAAACUUGCUGCUAAGUCACGCCAUAUUGACCUCAUGCAAUUGGAAAAACAAUAUGGCAACGUAUUUCGCCUGUAUCUUGGAAGCCAGCUCGUUAUAGUUGUCAGUGGUGGAGAUGCCCUUCAAGAAGUUCUUGUCCACAAAUCGGCCGACUUCGCUGGACGUCCGAGUAUCUUCACCGCAGAUGUCUACUCAAAGGGAUUGGCGAUCGUUCUGGCGGAUUAUUCAUCGGAAUGGCGACUGCGUCGCAAAGUCACCGUCUCGGCACUUAAAAUGUACAGUGCACGCGGAGGAAAGCCAGAGUCCAUCAUCACUAACGAGUUCGACUUUCUCUUGAAACGAGUCCGCGCCCGAAGCGGACAGCCUCACGAUAUCACCAGAGAGAUACAACUGGCUGUGACAAAUGUGAUAUGUGCCUUGGUGUUUGGCUCAAGAUACGAACUAGAUGACCCUGAGUUUACAAAUUUCUUGGAUAUUAUGCACGCCAUAGAAAACACGAUUGCUUCUGGAAGCAUAGUGGAUGUUUUCCCUUGGCUCAGAUUUUAUCCAUUCAAAUCCAUUCAGCUUUUGAGAGAGAAAUGCAAAGAGCGAGACGAGCUGGUUGGAAGAAUUUAUCGAGAGCAUGUGGAGGCGAAUAGAGUUGCAGCUCCUCAAGACCUGACAGAUACGCUAUUGAAGGCGAGGAAACAGGCUGAAGACGAACACUCAUCUGUUACAGGAUCCUUAACAGACGAGAGGCUCAUCAUGACUAUGGGGGAAGUCUUCUUGGCCGGAAUAGAUACCACUGCAAGCACCCUGUGUUGGGCGCUGUUGUACCUUAUUCACAACAAUGAGAUCCAGGAGAGGUUACACCAAGAGCUGGAUAAAGUCAUUGGCCCAGAUCGUUUACCGAAACUGCAGGACAAGAAGAAUCUACCGUAUCUGGAGGCCACCAUCGCUGAGACUCUACGUCUCUCGUCUCUGGCGCCCUUAUCAGCUCCUCAUAAAGCAACAGUGGAUACGACUUUACAAGGAUAUCAUAUUCCGAAGGGUACAACAGUAUUAGUUAACCUGUGGUCCCUUCACCACGAUCCAGCAAUCUGGGAUAACCCCGACAAGUUUAUGCCCGAGCGAUUCCUCGACAAGGAUGGUAAGUUCGUUCCUCCAAAACAGGAUCGCUUCCUCCCAUUUUCAGCAGGGCGUCGGUCAUGCCUGGGGGAAUCGUUGGCACGUAUUGAACUAUUCUUGAUCUUGGCACAAUUAUUGCACAGCUUUAGAUUUGAGAAUCCGCCCGGCUACGAUCUUCCCACCCUGAAGCCCAACACGGGAGCUUUGUUGACACCACAGCCAUUUAAAGUGUGUGCUACCUUCAGACACGAUGACUAAAAGAUCAUAAAGUUUGUCUGACUCCACUCUGAAUUAAAGGACGUUUGUUAUUCUUCUUACAUCUCUAACUCUUAGAGCUUUCUUGUAGAAUACAAAUGAACAGUGCUUUAUCUGGAUUCACUUUUGCUAUUGAUGUAUCGAUUUUCAAGUUUACGGAAAAAAAAGUUUUCUCGUAUGUCAUUGUAAAAAGGGCGCUUAAUGAAGGUUGUCUCCUUACAAAAAGAGCCAGAAAGUGAUUAAAUCCAAUAAAUCUUUUGUUGCGUUUGUCAA